UAUUUCAAAGUACUAUCAAACCAUGAAAAAAAAGAUAGCGGUCUUUAUACUUUUAUUUUAUUUAGAGACAGUGCUAGCAAAAUCACCGAAUGUUCCAGGAUACCAAAAAUCAAGAAAUAGUAAAUAUAUUGACAUCAGAAGAUUUGGUGGUCCAGCUCCUGCAGCAGCCAAAUCUGAGAGCUGUGAAGAGGAAGAAGUAGAGUCAGUCUCUACUUCUGAAUCAUGUGAGGAAGAAGAAGAAGAAGAUGAAGAUGAUGACUAUUAUCCUAUUAGAUUAACAACUCGAAAAAUUACAACCAAACGAAGCGGAUCAUUAACAACAAAAAGUCCAGAAAACAUAACAUCAACAACCAGAGUAAUGCAUUAUCACAUUGACAUUGACUAUUUAAUUAGUCACUCAACAACACCACCUACAGAAACACCUGAAGACAGUUCAUCAGAAACACCUGAAGACAGUUCAUCAGAAACACCUGAAGACAGUUCAUCAGAAACUCCAGAAGACAGUUCAUCAGAGACUCCAGAAGACAGUUCAUCAGAAACACCAGAAGACAGUUCAUCAGAAACACCUGAAGACAGUUCAGUAGAGACACCUGAAGACAGUUCAUCAGAAACACCUGAAGACAGUUCAUCAGAAACACCUGAAGACAGUUCAUCAGAAACCCCUGAAGACAGUUCAUCAGAAACACCUGAAGACAGUUCAUCAGAAACACCUGAAGACAGUUCAUCAGAAACACCUGAAGACAGUUCACCAGAAACACCUGAAGACAGUUCAUCAGAAACACCUGAAGACAGUUCAUCA